AUGGUCUGCCUAUACCUCUACACCAACCUACCGCUCCUGAAAAUCGUCGAUGUCGUCCACCACAAGUCACCUCUUGGAAACCACCCGCCUGGGGUCGAUUCCGCGAAUAAGAAUUUGAACGCAUUGCUCGACAAGGAGCCUCGAUGGUUGCACCCUCGGUCCAAUGAGGACAUGAGCCGUCGCCUCGAGCAGCUCGCCCUCUCGCCCUCCCGAAUGUCCUCCAGGUCUAGCGACAGUUCAUUCCACCAUGCUUCGUCUCAACCAUCUGUUCUAGGAUUCCCCCCCCAUCCCUUCAAGUCCGAGGGUGGUGCCAGCCCUACUCUCCUGGAUGUCCCCCUCCACUCUAUGGAUUCCUGGAGUGCCGCGACAUCACCAGAGGCUUACUAUCAAGGUCCGGUAGAGUGGUCGCCAUACCAGUCAUUUCAGUCGCCUCAAACAUCUGCCAUUCAUCCGAAAGAGGAUGAAGACGAGGUUCUGUUUGCACCCUUCCUCCGCAGGACCACCAUGGCAUCCUCGUCAACAGCUACGUCAGCUUCUUCCCUACGAACCAUCCUGGCUGAGUAUAGCUCUCCAUAUCGCGGGGUUGUCAAGGGGUUAAUGAGACGACUUCCUGGCUUCUCUCCAAAUUCGAGAAACAUGUCGCCCGUUUCCGAAUCCAAUUCUGGGGUCAUGGAUUGGCUGGACGCCGGCGAGGCUCCAACUCCGUAUGAGGGCACGCCGUUUCCGCUGCCAGGCGACUUCCUCAGCAUUGAUUUGCAUGGUCAAUGUCGACAGCUGCUUGCUGACGCCGGAGACUUGCUGCGAACGCCUGCCGCGGCUUUGCCAUGGGUGACACCUAAUGGCCUAACAGAGAAAGGGGAGCGUAUCCUUGCCGGUAUAGUCCUGGAGUCGGACUAUUCUGAGGUGGAUGCUUUUGGCAACACCUUGCUGCAUUUUGUGGCUGCUCGCAGCACCGCCGGGAUGCUAUACGACACCAUAAGACAUCCAACAUCUCGCGGUAUCCUACAUCAACGGAAUUCGGCUGGCCAGUCAUUUCUACACGUCAUGGACCACCACAUCAUGAAGGACACAGAAUUCAUGAGUGGGCUAGUUCACGCCCUGAGACAAGGCAGCGAUUUGGAUAUUUAUGCCCAAGACCACUAUGGUCGCAACUUUUUCCACAUACUGCGGGCCAGUGGCAUCAGCCAGGCUGUUUUGGAGCAUAUUUUCGACCCGACCGACGCGGUCCAGUGGAAUACGCGCGAUGCCUUUGGAGAGGAGCCACACCUUUCCGUGGCACAAAUGUCAUACAACCUGUCACGGGAUUCUGCCUCACAACUUGAUGGCGCAUUGCAUGCUACCGAGAAUAGCGCGGUGACUACGCAAUUGCAACUCGUGACGUUUAUCAACAGAGCUCUCCUCCAAGAUCCCCUAGCGGAAUAUACCCACGGACGGAAUGGCCUCCACUGCCUGGCCACCGCAAACCUAAGCAUGGCCACUGGAACAACCUCCUCAUUGAACAUGGCCGAGAGCGCUCCCAGUCCAGCAAUAGCCAGCGGUGCCACGACACCGAGCGGAAGGCGUCGCGCGAGCAGUGUUAACAAGAGGGAAACGGACUCAUCGGACAAUCGCAUGGCUAUGCGCCUCGAAUCGCUCAAGGACCUGCUCAACGCGGGCGUCCGGCCAAACGCCUACGACGCCAACGGCAACACCCCGCUAAUGGCGUUCGCCGCGCAACUGCCCGAGGACGGCAACUACAGGAUCGGCCCGGAGAUUCUCAGAACCCUGAUCAACAGCGGCGGACGCGUCAACGCGCGCAACCGCGCUGGCGAGACGGCGCUGCACGUCGCGGUGCGCUGCGGACGCAAGCUCGCCGUCAGGACGCUGGUCGGCGAGGGGGCCAACGUGUACGCGCGAGACGCCGCGGGUCGCAGCGUGCUGGACGUUGCGGAUGCCAGGAUUAUGGCGGCGAGCGGGGGCUGCCCGAGAGAGUACGCGCGCUUGGAGGCGUGCCGGGCGUGGCUGAGUGGGCAAAAAGGCGGCGCCAUACAGAACCCAACCGUCCUGGACGAAUGGGGAUGCCGCUGA